AUGUCAUCUACGAAGCAAGCAAAGGGAAGAAAAACAAAGGGGAAGCAAAAGAUCGAGAUGAAGAAGGUGGAGAACUAUGGAGAUAGGAUGAUUACGUUCUCAAAACGUAAAACCGGAAUUUUUAAGAAAAUGAACGAGCUCGUAGCAAUGUGUGACGUUGAAGUGGCUUUCUUGAUUUUCUCUCAACCCAAGAAGCCCUAUACAUUCGCACAUCCGUCUAUGAAGAAAGUGGCUGACCGGUUAAAGAACCCUUCGAGACAAGAACCAUUAGAGAGAGACGAUACCAGACCCCUCGUCGAAGCUUAUAAGAAACGAAGGCUCCACGACCUCGUAAAAAAAAUGGAGGCGCUCGAAGAGGAGCUUGCGAUGGAUCUAGAGAAGUUGAAACUGUUGAAGGAAUCGAGAAAUGAAAAGAAGUUAGAUAAAAUGUGGUGGAACUUUCCUUCGGAAGGUUUGAGCGCGAAGGAGCUGCAGCAAAGGUACCAAGCGAUGCUCGAGUUACGUGAUAACUUAUGCGACAAUAUGGCUCACUUACGAUUGGGAAAAGACUGUGGUGGUUCAUCUUCUGUUCGUGUGGGACGUCGAGUUUCUGGUGGUGUUCGUCUGUUCGAUCGUGAAGCAUGA